GAUAUUAUCAUCUAUGGUUGUGGAGAAAUUUGUGUGACGUUUUGUGAUAAAAGAAAAUAUCAUUUGAAUACAAAAUUGAAAAAUUAUUGAAAGAAUGUCCAGAGAACCGGUUGUACAAGUUGGAUCAUGGAAUCCAAAUAAAAAACAUAGCGAAAAAGAAAGAUGGAUUUGUAUUUAUCCAGCAUACAUAAAUAGUAAGAAAACUUUAGCGCAGGGACGUAAAAUACCAAAAGAUAAAUGUGUGGAUAAUCCAUCAUUUCAAGAAAUUCGUGACGUAUGCGUAGCAGCUGGAUUAAAUGUGAUUAGUGAAAAUAAGUUGUACAGUCGCGAACGUAGUAAAGAAAUACAAUUUCGAGGACGUAUUCGUGUCCAAAUUAAAAAUGAUGAUGGUGAACCGUUAUUAGAAAAUUUUACGACUCGUGAAGAUGUUAUGUUUCAUGUUAGUAAAAUGAUACCGAAAUUGAAAACCAGACAACCGAAACAAGAUGGUCAUAGCGGAGGGCAGGGUGGUACUGGUGGUGGAAAAAAGAAAGGAAAAGGACGACGAUAAGUUAAGAAUUUUUUAUUAAAUUACAUUUGAUGUGUAGUGCACACAAUAAUUUUUCGUUAAUAUUACAUGUAUGUA